AUGUCCACGGUCGAUGAGGUUCCCAGCCUCGUGUCGGCCUCGAAGCUGGAAAAGCCCCUUGGAAUGCGCAAGAAUGGCAAGCAGUGGCAUGCACAGAAAAAGGCUUUCCGGCCAACCGCAGGCUUGACGUCGUACGACAAGCGAGUGAAGCAGCGCAACGAGAUGACCAUGAUGAAGGCCAAGGAAAAGGAGAUGAAAGAGGAAAAGGAACAGCUGCGCCAGGACCGUAUCCAAGCCAUACGAGACAAACGAGCCAAGAAGGAAGAAAAAGAGAGGUAUGAAAAGAUGGCCGAGACGAUGCACCGAAAGAGAAUCGAGCGAUUGAAGAGGAAAGAGAAGCGGAACAAGCUGCUGAAUUCCUGA